AUGGUGGUGAUGAAGAUGAAGUUCCCGUUCCAGAAAAGGGUGAAGCUGGCCCAGGGACUCUGGCUCCUGUCCUGGUGCGCCACGGUCGCCGGGGCCGUCACCUUCACCCUCGGGUGCGUCCUCAAGACGGAACUCCGCAGGAGGGCUGAGGUAAUGGACAACGCCGACGUCCACGUGGUGCCCAACACGCUGAUGGUCGUGGGUCUGGCCUCGCUGGGCAUCAACUACUUUGCGUCCAAGAUCUGCCAGGACGCCCUGGACGCCGGGCGAUUUCCUCGCUGGAAGACCUUUUUGAAGCCCUACUUUGCCGUCUCGUGUUUUUUCACCGUCCUCAUGCUGCUGGCGGUGGUCAUGAGCUACGCCAUGAAGGGCAGCCUGGAGUCUUCCCUCAAGGCCGGCCUGAGGAACGGCAUCCGCUUCUACAAAGACACGGACACCCCGGGCCGCUGCUUCCAGAAGCAGAACAUCGACCGCUUGCAGAUGGACUUCCAGUGCUGCGGCAACAACGACCACCGGGACUGGUUUGAGGUGCAGUGGAUCAGCAAUCGCUACCUGGAUUUCAACUCCAAGGAAGUGAAAGACCGCGUCAAGAGCAACGUGGACGGGCGUUACUUGGUCGACGGGGUCCCGUUCAGUUGCUGCAAUCCCAGUUCUCCUCGGCCGUGCAUCCAGUACCACCUCACCAACAACUCGGCUCAUUAUAAUUACGAGUACGACGCCGAGGAGCUCAACGUCUACCUGCGGGGCUGCAGGGAGGCCCUGCUCAACUACUACAUGGGCCUGAUGAACACCAUCGGCGCCGGAGUACUGUCCGUCUUCCUCUUGCAGGGUUCCGUGCUGGUGAGUUUGCGCUUCCUGCAGACCUCCGUGGACGCCGUGGCGGGGCAGGAGAACGCCGAGGUGGAGACGGAAGGAUACCUGCUGGAGAAAGGAGUGAAAGACACCUUCGUGGAGUACUUUGACCCAGUCCUCAAGUUCCUGCUGCUGAAAAACCAGGUCCAGGAGGGCCCGCCCGCAGACACGCCAGCCCCGCCGUCCACCUAAACUCGUGCACGUCAAAGAUUCUCAGACAAAUGAAAUUGGAUAAGUUCCCUCACUUGCACCUAGCUUGAUGUUGAUUCCGAGGGAAGGAAGGGAGGGUAGCGCGAGGAUUCAAAAUGGAAGGUCCUACUGUGGAGUGGGCUCUUUGAUUCCCGCUUUGACCUUUGCAUUUGUCAUUCCUUUUUAUUGGAAACUUUUUCUUUUUCAACUUCAACAAAAAAAAAAAAAAAAAAGUCACCGUGGAUUGGAUUGAGAAGGCCGAUUAAAGCCGUUAAGUGCGUCCUCUGCCCUGACACCUGCUAAUCUCAUUUGUUAAUGCUAAAGCUGCUGCCCUUGCACUCUCAUAUUUCACAACUGCAUUACGUAGCUCAGUGUUCUGUGGUCGUUUUAUAACGCCGUAAAUAAAAGUAAUUCAGUCAUCAUGAAACGCAUCAGAUUGAUUUUUUUUUUUUUUUUGCAUUGGGAGAUGUGUGAAUGCGUGCAUACCCUCG